UUCAGUAGUAACACUACCUCUGUUACACCAUGUGAGGGGAGGUUUGUUAAAUCGAAAUAAGUGAUUUGACCUUAUACACCUUGAAAACAGAUGAUUUAAAAACGAUCUAAAACAAUAACCUCUCAACACAAAGGAUUUGCCAUUUUAAUUAAAUAUUAUAUAAAAAUAAUUACAGAAUAACACAUCUUCUGAACAGACUGUGUUGGGGGCUCUGUUUACCCGCUAAAUCAACUUCACCAAGGCACGUUCUUGGUGAUACGGUACUUGGACAAAUCAAGCAUCCCUAAAAAAAAAAGUGCUUGGAUUAUUUUUUUCGAUAUCUUUUUUUUUCCUGCACGGUUUAAAAAAAAAAAAAAAAAUUAUCUUGUUUUGGCUGAAAUGGAGGGUGCUUGUCAUUAAAAGAGGCGGUUCUUUUUUCUGCCUGUGAACUACUGCCCACUUGCCAUCAGGUGUCUCUUGGAGAGCGGUCUGGGAGACAAAAAGCAGACUCUUGGCUGACGUCUUCUUGCAAGCAUUUGAUCUGCCUUCAGAGAAAACGGGGACUCCGGUUUCCAUACAUAUGACUAAACGCCUGAGGAGGGCUGUUGGAAAUCUGCAGACGUAACCGUUCUCACUUCGCACUAAGAACAGCUCAGAUAGCAUUUUGUUAACUAUUUGGAUCUUAAACGUUCCGCUAUCUUGACUUCUAGUGACAAGUUGAUGAAUGUAUGAAGGGGAAUCAAUAUCUACUAACACAUGCCCUGCGCGUAUUCGUCAGUUGAAUUUGCCUGUGCUUAUAAGCCUUUGCAGUUGUAAACUGAAAUAUGCUACUGCAGAUUGUGUUCUGAAGUGAAGGUAUCAUCUGCAUUUUCUUAUGUGGUUUGUGUAACUUUUCAUUGACUUAAUCGAUGCGGUAUCAGCGGUCCAAUCGAUCCGAGUGCUGCACUUGCAAAGCUUGAAGAAGUGACUGUCCUCUCAAGCAAGCUGUUCACAGAAGCCACUUCAGACCUCUGCAGCGAAGUAGCCGGAAGGACAUUUCUUCUUGAUUUUAUGUGUAUUUUUUUUAUUUUUUAAUUAUUUUUAAUUACCAGUUCGUUUCAUUUGCAACAGAGCGGACGGUUUUUAAGAAUCAUCAUUAUUGCAGUAGCAUUCUUAUUAAACAGCUUAAGACCUCAAUUUAUCAUUGACACAGUUCAGAAUAUUACAUCGAUGAUUUACUACCGAAGUAUGUUACGAAGCGUGGUGUUUUCGUUGGGGUUAUUGCUGCUCGUUUCGGGUGGAGUGGAACCCCAACAGUGCCCACCUCAGUGCUCUUGCUCCGGGACCACGGUGGAUUGCCACGGACAAGGAUUGCGCAAUGUACCGCGUAACAUCCCCAGAAACACAGAGAGACUGGAUUUGAAUGCUAAUAACCUCACAAGAAUAACAAAGUCAGAUUUUGCUGGACUGAGGCACCUCCGAGUAUUGCAACUCAUGGAGAAUAAGAUUAGCACUAUUGAGAGAGGAGCGUUCCAGGACCUAAAGGAGUUGGAAAGACUACGCCUGAAUAAGAAUAGCUUGCAAGUAUUUCCUGAACUGCUCUUCCUGGGAACUGUGAAGUUAUAUAGACUAGAUCUGAGCGAAAACCAGAUUCAGGGCAUUCCAAGAAAAGCUUUUAGAGGGGCUGUUGAUAUAAAAAAUCUGCAGCUGGAUUACAACCAGAUCAGCUGUAUCGAGGAUGGGGCGUUUAGGGCUCUGCGCGAUCUGGAAGUGCUCACACUUAACAACAACAACAUUACCCGUCUGUCUGUGGCAAGCUUCAACCACAUGCCAAAGCUCAGGACUUUACGGCUCCACUCAAACCACCUGUACUGUGAUUGCCAUAUGGCCUGGCUUUCUGAUUGGCUGCGUCAGCGACCUCGGGUUGGACUCUAUACCCAGUGCAUGGGACCCAUCCACUUGAGGGGCCACAAUGUUGCAGAGGUUCAAAAGAAAGAGUUUGCUUGCUCUGGUCAUCAGUCCGCCUCAUCCUGCAGUGUGUUGCAGUGCCCUGAUGUCUGCACCUGUAGUAACAACAUUGUGGACUGUCGUGGAAAGGGUCUGGCUGAGAUUCCCUCCAACCUGCCAGAAUCCAUCACUGAAAUCCGCUUGGAGCAAAAUGCAAUCAAGGUCAUCCCUCCAGGAGCUUUCUCACCAUACAAGAAACUGCGAAGAAUAGACCUGAGUAACAACCAGAUUUCCGAAUUAGCACCAGAUGCUUUCCAGGGCCUGCGUUCACUCAACUCACUAGUGCUUUAUGGAAAUAAAAUCAACGAACUCCCGAAAGGUCUUUUCGAGGGACUCUUUUCUCUUCAGCUGUUGCUGUUGAAUGCCAACAAGAUUAACUGCCUCCGUGUGGACGCAUUUCAAGAUCUGCAUAACCUGAACCUUCUAUCUCUGUAUGACAACAAACUCCAGACGAUUGCCAAAGGCACCUUUGCUUCUCUUCGGGCAAUCCAGACCUUGCACUUGGCCCAGAACCCUUUUAUAUGUGACUGCCAUCUGAAGUGGUUGGCCGAUUAUCUUCAGGACAACCCCAUUGAGACCAGUGGUGCCCGCUGCACCAGCCCCAGACGACUGGCAAACAAACGGAUCGGGCAAAUCAAGAGCAAGAAAUUCCGCUGCUCAGCAAAGGAACAAUAUUUCAUUCCAGGUACAGAGGACUAUAGAUCCAAGCUUGGAGGAGACUGCUUUGCGGAUCUGGCAUGCCCUGAGAAAUGUCGAUGUGAGGGAACCACUGUGGACUGUUCCAAUCAGAAACUCAUCAAAAUCCCAGACCACAUUCCUCAGUACACUGCUGAACUACGUCUCAACAACAAUGAAUUCACAGUCCUUGAAGCUACUGGAAUCUUCAAGAAACUCCCUCAGCUCCGCAAAAUAAAUCUAAGCAACAACAAGAUCACAGAUAUCGAAGACGGUGCCUUUGAAGGGGCUGCCAGUGUGAACGAGCUGAUACUCACCAGUAACCGCCUUGAGAAUGUACACUUCAGAAUGCUCAAAGGACUUAAUGGCCUGAGAACACUGAUGCUGAGAAGUAAUUGGAUUAGCUGUGUUGGCAAUGACAGUUUCACUGGACUGAGUUCUGUGCGUUUGCUCUCCCUGUACGACAACCAGAUCACCACAAUGGCUCCUGGGGCAUUCGACACACUCCACUCGCUGUCGACCUUAAACCUGCUGGCCAAUCCUUUCAACUGUAACUGCCACCUGGCCUGGCUGGGUGACUGGCUGAGGAAGAAGAGGAUCGUGACUGGGAACCCCAGGUGUCAGAACCCUUAUUUCCUGAAGGAGAUCCCCAUUCAGGAUGUAGCCCUUCAGGACUUCACCUGUGAUGGAAACGAUGACAAUAGCUGUUCCCCGCUUGCUCGCUGCCCUGCAGAAUGCACCUGCUUAGACACUGUGGUACGCUGCAGCAACAAAGGACUGAAGGCUCUACCUAAGGGCAUUCCCAAGGAAGUAACAGAACUGUAUUUGGAUGGAAAUCAGUUCACCCAGGCUCCAAAAGAACUCUCUAAUUACAAGCACCUAGCACUCAUCGAUUUGAGUAACAACUACAUCAGCACUUUGUCCAACCAAAGCUUCAGCAACAUGACUGAACUUCUUACACUAAUUCUGAGUUACAACCGACUGAGAUGUAUACCUGUGAAGGCGUUUGAUGGCUUGAAAUCACUUAGAUUAUUGUCCCUGCACGGCAAUGACAUCUCUGUGAUCCCUGGGGGAGCCUUCCACGAUCUCUCCUCACUGUCACAUCUUGCUCUUGGUGCCAAUCCACUAUACUGUGACUGUAACAUGCAGUGGCUCUCAGACUGGGUAAAAUCAGGGUACAAAGAGCCCGGUAUUGCCCGCUGUACCGGCCCUGGCGAAAUGACAGAUAAAUUGCUUCUCACUACUCCGUCCAAGAAGUUCAGCUGUGAAGGGCCUGUUGAUGUAAACAUUCUUGCCAAGUGUAAUCCUUGUAUGUCAAACCCCUGCAAAAAUGAUGGCACCUGCAACAAUGAUCCGUUAGACUUCUACAGGUGUACAUGUCCAUAUGGAUUUAAGGGGAAAGAUUGUGAUGUUCCCAUUCAUGCCUGUAUCAGUAACCCAUGUCAAAAUAGAGGAACUUGCCAGCUGAAGGAGGGAGAGGAAGAGGGUUUCUGGUGCACAUGUGUAGAUGGAUUUGAAGGAGAGGCUUGUGAGAUUAACAUUGAUGACUGUGAGGAUAAUGAUUGUGAAAACAACUCUACCUGUGUGGAUGGUAUCAAUAACUACACCUGUCACUGCCCAGCUGAAUACACAGCUGCUAACCUGAAUGAGGUGGAAAAAGGCGAGCUGUGUGAGGAAAAGCUGGAUUUCUGUGCCCCAGAACUGAACCCCUGUAAGCAUGACUCCAAGUGUGUUGUGACACCCAAGGGAUACAAAUGUGAGUGCACACCCGGGUAUGUUGGUGACCAGUGUGACAUUGAUUAUGAUGACUGCCAUGAAAAUAAGUGUAAAAAUGGAGCCCAGUGCAUCGAUGCCAUAAAUGGAUAUACCUGUGUAUGCACUGAUGGGUACAGUGGCUUGUUUUGUGAGUUUUCACCACCAAUGGUUUUGCCUCGCACAAGCCCUUGUGAUAAUUUUGAGUGCCAGAAUGCGGCAGAGUGCAUUAUGAGAGAUACAGAACCAGUGUGCCAGUGCCUGCCAGGAUACCAGGGAGAGAAGUGCGAAAAACUGGUCAGUGUGAGCUUUGUGAACAGAGAGUCCUACCUGCAGAUCCCCUCACCUAAGAUCCACCCUGAGGCAAAUAUCACCCUACAGAUUGCUACUGAUGAAGACAACGGGAUUUUGCUGUAUAAAGGUGACAAAGACCACGUUGCCGUGGAACUGUACCGGGGACGAGUGCGUGUCAGCUACGAUACCGGCUCUUAUCCAUCCUCGGCUAUUUACAGUAUGGAAACAAUAAAUGAUGGGAACUUCCAUGUUGUGGAGCUGCUGGCCAUUGACGAAACGCUUUCUCUCUCCGUUGACGGCGGAAACCCUAAAAGCAUUACGAACCUGGCUAAGCAGUCAACGCUGAGCAUUGACUCGCCGCUCUACGUAGGAGGCAUGCCUGUCACAACCAAUGUGGCAGCACUGCGGCAGGGUCCUGGGCAGAAUGGUACAAGUUUCCACGGGUGCAUCCGCAACUUGUACAUCAACAACGAGCUGCAGGACUUCAACGAAGCCCCGCUGCAAGUGGGAAUCCUGCCAGGCUGCGAACCAUGCCAGAAGCAGGUGUGCAUGCAUGGGACCUGCCAUGCGACAGGCCAGUCCAGCUUUACCUGCGACUGUGAAGGAGGGUGGACUGGACAACUGUGUGAUCAACAAACCAACGACCCCUGUGUGGGAAAUAAAUGUGUUCACGGCACAUGCGUGCCCAUGAAUGCAUUUUCAUACAGUUGUGAGUGUCAGCAGGGAUACGGGGCAGUUCUCUGUGAUGAAGAGGAGGAAAUAUUUAACCCCUGCCAGUCCAUAAAGUGCAAACAUGGAAAAUGCAGGUUGUCAGGCCUGGGCAAGCCAUACUGUGAGUGUAACAGUGGAUUCACAGGAGACGGCUGUGACAGAGAAAUCUUUUGUCAAGGGGAACGAGUCCGAGAUAACUAUCAGAAGCAACAAGGCUACGCAGCUUGUCAGACAACCAAAAAGGUUUCCCGGCUAGAAUGCCGUGGCGGGUGCUCCAAUGGACAGUGCUGUGGGCCACUGAGGAGCAAGCGACGGAAAUACACCUUCGAAUGCACUGAUGGCUCUUCAUUUGUCGAGGAAGUUGAAAAAAUCGUGAAGUGUGGCUGUACAAAAUGUCCUUCAUAAAUUCUUCUCUUUUUUUGUUAUGUGUCCCCUUUUUUAAAAUUACAUUUUAAGUACCUUGUGGCAGUGGACUAAUUAAUGCUUCCAUAGUGGAAUUGUUGAAUUAUAUUGUAAAAUACAGAACAGACAUAUUUUUUAUUACCAAGAGAGGAAAGGAAAUAAUGGAGUUGACUAUUUUCUUCUGUACAAGCCAGUAUCUGGGAUUUCGUUUUUUGUAAUUUUUUUUUUUCUUCGAAGAGGAAUUGACUGUAUAUGUCUUUCAGAGCUGAAGAAACAAAGAUAACAAUUGGCAUUACUCACUGUUACUGUAUAACGAUAGACAGAAACAUUUGGAGCCUUAUAAAAUGUAAAAUUCAAAAAUGAAUACAACCGCAGUGACAGAAAAGCAGUGAGAUCGACAACACAAGCCCAGUCUUUACCGUGUCAUAUUAAUAUGAUGAAGAUGAUAUUCUAAUGAUAACGAAAGCUUCCAUGUGUGGACAAGCGACGAGCUUACUGAAACCCAAAGGAAGACAGUGCCUGAGAAACUUUGUGUUGAAAUACAAGUCAUGUUCUUUUUAAAUUCUGAUCUACAGAAGGGCAUAAACUACAGUAUAAUGGAAAGUUCAAUGUAAAUGUGCAUUAAAUUCACCUCAAGUUUUACUUGCUCAUGUCAGUGGUACAAUAGCAGAAACAAAGUUAGUAUUUAGCAAGCCUUGUUUCCAGUAUUAAUUAUUUUGUAAUAUAAAUAUUAAUGCGAAAGGGGGGGGGGGGGGGGGGGGGUUAUUAAGACAUAUUGAUUAUAGAUGUAUGAAUUAGUAAUUUGAAUAAAAAUAUGUUUUUGUGGUUUUUUAUUAUUAUUAUUUCUUUUCAAACUGCACAGUAUUCAAAAUAUCACUGACAAGUAUUUAUUGUAUCAAAGAAUACCUUUACCUAACAGGUAGAUCUUCCCUUAUACUACAGUUUAAUUUAUAUUUGUCCUGAUAUUUUGUAUUGUUUAAAAAGCCUGAAAACAAAUCAGGAUGUGUUGGGGGAUAGAUGAACUAACAUAGCAUGUCCUAUUAGGGUAAAAUGUAUGUUUUUUUAAAUGUUUUCUCUUGCUCUAUAUUUGACCACUGGUGUUGUUUUAUGUUACCAAACCUAAGUUAACAUUUUAGCCUAAAGGUGUUGAGUGCAACAAAACAUUGUAUAUUUUUGUCAAAUCGCCUGAUAAUUUGUACUGUACCAGAAACACAGGUCUUUAUAAUAGAUUAUAACUGUAUAGAGGUAACUUUGCCCUACAUAUUUUACAGAGUGGUGUUUAGGACAUUACCCUAGAUAAUAGACCUCUUUUUACAAAUACGUUUUGCCUUUUACCUUUCUAACAAAUGAUGCUAAGAAAAACUGUGACUUUUUUCUAAAUAAAACUACUUUGUUA